UGUUUGUCCAAUGGACGGCAAGCUAGCUGUGGGAAGAGCAGGGGAGGUUCAGGUCUCCAGAAGUCAUUAUGCAAUACUAGUCAACUGUAUAAAAGGCCAUAACCAGACAGAAACCAGAGGAUCUCUGUGAGCUGCACACUUUUGCUAAUGAGAAUGCUGCGGUGCAUUGUGGCCCUCUGUCUCCUGGCUAUGUCCUGGGCACAGGACUGCCAGGUAGCCAACAUCCAGGUCAUGCAGAACUUUGACAGGAACAGGUACUCAGGGACGUGGUAUGCCGUAGGAAAGAAGGACCCAGAGGGUUUGUUCUUAAUUGACAACAUCGUGGCCGAGUUUAUUAUUGAAGAAGAUGGCAAACUGACUGCCAAAGCUAAGGGCAGAGUCAUCAUCCUCAACAACUGGGAAAUGUGUGCCGACAUGUUGGCCACCUUUGAGGAGACUCCUGACCCUGCCAAGUUUAGGAUGAAGUACUGGGGAGCUGCAUCUUACCUGCAGACUGGAAAUGAUGACCAUUGGGUUAUUGACACCGACUAUGACAACUACGCCAUCCACUACUCGUGCAGACUGGUGGAUGCUGACGGCACUUGCUUAGACAGCUACUCCUUCAUAUUCUCCCGUCACCCGACUGGGCUGAGGCCACAGGACCAGCCUAUCGUCACCCAGAAAAAGAUGGAGCUCUGCCUGCUGGGAAAAUACAGACGUGUUGCACACAACGGCUUCUGCCAGAACAGCGAAUCUUUGGACACACAGUGAUAUUUUUUGAAGUAGCCAUCUCUAAGACUUUGUGCCCCUCUGCUGGUCUUGGACUGAGUCCCACCAGAGUUUCUCCUCUAAGUCUCUAUGUAUGUCAACAGAGAAAGUAGCCCAUUCUUCUUCUAGAAACUGUCAUAUUUACAUGACUACGCUGUAAAUGAAAAGGAAAGAUGACUGUUGAAAUUUCUCCAUAAGUAAAACAUGUUAACAUGUUAGUCUCAUCCUCAACAUCUGUCAUAUCUGUGUUUUUAUUUGUAUAGGAACUUAAAUAUAAUUUGAAACAACAUUCCCUGUGGAAACCACUGGAACUUGCUGUCUGGCUCCAGUGAGAAAACUGAACAUAUCAGAUCACUUUUCAAACCUUUCAAGCCAAUGUGACAAAUAAUCAGUUGUGAAACUCACUUUUAAGUGAAGCCGAACUCUCAGCAUUACUGUAGCUCUCGACUAUAACCACUGUGUUUACUACAAAAACAGGUUCACAAGUCACUGGCUUUACUUUUUACACUGAAGGAUGCACAGUAAGCAUCUUGUAGCACAAAAUUACAUUACCUUAAUAAAUACAAAACUUAAUAACUCAUUUGCUAUAUAGGCAGAGUAGUUUGGUUGUUGUAUGAUGUAUACUUCUUGAUCCAGUUUUUGAAAUAAAACAUUCAUACCAUG